CUUCGAUGUUGGAGUCCAUUUACUUCAUCAAGGUCAUCACGCAUGCGCAGUUCAUAAACGUAUUGGAAGCGUUUGGCGGUGAAUAGGAAAUUUUAGAGACAAUCGGUGUAAUCGAACUGUAUCAAGAUGUCGGCACUUAUGCAGAAACCGAAGAGUGAAAUGACACCAGAAGAGCUGUCUGCAAGAGAACAGGAAGAAUUCAACACAGGACCUCUGUCAGUUUUGACACAGUCCGUAAAAAACAACACACAAGUUCUCAUCAAUUGUCGGAACAACAAGAAACUGCUUGCCCGAGUUAAGGCAUUUGACAGGCAUUGCAACAUGGUCUUGGAAAAUGUGAAGGAGAUGUGGACAGAAGUUCCCAAAACAGGCAAAGGCAAGAAGAAGUCAAAGCCAGUGAAUAAGGACAGAUAUAUUUCAAAGAUGUUCUUAAGAGGAGAUUCUGUUAUUCUUGUGCUCCGAAAUCCUUUGGCGUCAGGAAAGUGAACAUUUAUGGAACUGUUUUUUAUCAGUCUCUGGGGAAAUGUUCAUGUGAGGACUCGACUAAAAUACAAGUGAACAUUUUGAAAGGGCGUUGUAUGUCUGUUUUGCAAAUGUUGUAAGCUUGCUUUGUUUCUGCGGAAUCAAGUUUGCCGAACCUUUCAAUGUGUUCCUUUUAUCUCAUUAUUUCACCACAGCAGUAACAAUCAUGUGUAAGUUUGAUAAUAAUGUUAACAUCCUAAGAAAUGAGGCGCAUCAAAUGUAUAAAUGCCUUGUUGGAAAGAACUCCAAUGGAGAAGUUGUAAAAAGGAUAAAUUUUCAGAUUUCACAUUCAGCUCAUCCACACUAUUUUGUCUCUUUUGAUGUAACAUUAUUCUUUUGUAAAUAAAACAUCAUACAGUAA